UUUCUAUUUUCCCUUUCGAUAGAAUCCUUAUCCUAUUCAAUUCUGAAUUCUGUGGGGUCUUGCUUUCUCUCCAAGUUUUGGUUUUUUUUUCUCCUUAUCGGAAUGGGAUACUUUUUCCUGGGUUAUAAAUUUUAGGGCACAAGGUUGCUCUUUUAAGGCCUUCCGAGUCCUGGUGUGAAGUUUUAUUGUUUAUUGAGUUUCAAUUUUAAUAAUUAAGAUGAAAAGGGUUUCUCUGGUUGAUGAAGAAACUAGGGCUAGAUUGAAGCAUCAAACCCUACUCCAGGAAUUCUUGGUUUUGCAAAAGGAAUUUGUUUCGAAAAAGAAAAAACUUCCAGUGAUGAACCAGAAGCGAGACUCUCUCUUGGCCGAAGUUAGGUAUGAGAUCUCUUAUGGAUUUUUUCCCCUUCAUGUAUUCUUGCGGCGGAGGUGCAGCUAUUUAUCGAUGAUCAAGUCUCAAGAGUAUGAACAGCAGCAAGAUUCUGUUCAAUCACAAAAUCCCAACCGACAAAGCAAGUUGGCUAAGCCUAAGAGUCUGGCUAUCAAUAAAGCCGGUAAAAGAAGACUGUAUUCUCUUCCCGAUAUCGAUCUGAAUGUGGUUCAUGAAGAAGGAAGUGGGAAAAAUCAAGGAAAUGUUCAGGCCCCGUCACAAAAGGAGAAGAAGCCGAAAAACCGUUUGAGUAACAGCAAAAGAGUUGGGAAGAAGAAAAUAACAUGGCAAGAUCCAGUGGCUUUGAAGGCCUGAAUCAAAUGAACAAUAAUAUUUUCACACAGUUUAGCAGUUAAAGCAAAGGUGGGAGCAAGAGUUAAAUGUCUCCCUGAAAGAACAUUUUAUUGGCAUUGCUACAGCUUAUUAUUAUCAGUGCCUUAUACUUCUUUUCUUUAGAAUUAAUUGUAAAUCAGGGAAAGUUUACCCAGUUUAAGCAUACAUAUGAAUACAUUGAUUGCUCGUUAAUCGAAUAAGUAAAAUCUUUCUGUUCCUA